CAAUAAAAAGGAGAGGGAGCAGGAGCAUCAGCAGAGACCUGCAAGGAGCACAUCCCCAGGUACAUCAGCUGUUUGCCUGCUGCAGAGAUGGUGCAAGUAUCUCCCUUCCUCCUCGUGCUCUUCCUGGCCCUGGGAGCUCACGGCCUCUCUGCAAAAAAGUGCUUCCUGACUGGGCGCUGGGUCAAUGAUCUGGGCUCCAACAUGACCAUCACGAGCAUUAAUGCAAAUGGUGACUUCACUGGCUCCUACCACACUGCUGUGACAGCCACCUCCAACGAGAUCAAGGUGUCACCACUGCAAGGGUCCAAACAGAGGGGCACUAACCAGAAGGGCCAGCCCACCUUUGGCUUCACCGUCAACUGGAGCUUUUCAGACUCUAUCACGGUUUUCACUGGCCAGUGUUUCGUGGAUGAUGAUGGAAAGGAGGUUUUGAGGACCAUGUGGCUGCUGAGAUCUCAUGUGGAUGACAUCAAAAAUGACUGGAAAUCCACCAGGGUCGGCACCAACAUCUUCACCCGCCUGCAGCCACAGCAGUAAGAGUGGCAGCGGGGCUCCCCCAGGCUGGCAGCGGUGCCAGGGGUGUGGCCCCUGCUUCCGCAGCACCACUUGCUUCUCCCAAUAAAGCUUUGCUGCAAAUA